CUUUGUCAGGAAUUCUAUGGGGAGGACGUGAAGUCGUCUCCGGAUUACGAAAGGAUCGUCAACAAGCGUCACUUCAAGAGGGUCGUGGGCUUGCUGGAAGGGCAGAAGAUCGCUCACGGGGGAGAGAGUGAUGAGGCCUCCUGCUUCAUAGCACCGACCAUCCUGACGGACGUUUCCCCGGAUUCCAAGGUGAUGGAGGAGGAAAUCUUUGGACCCGUCCUGCCCAUUGUGACCGUGAAGAGCGUAGAGGAAGCCAUUGAGUUCAUCAACUGUCGGGAGAAGCCCCUUGCCUUGUAUGUCUUCUCCAACAACAAGAAGCUGAUCAGACGGGUGAUAUCAGAGACCUCCAGUGGUGGCAUGACAGCCAAUGACGUCCUCAUGCACAUGGUGGUUCCGGAUCUGCCCUUCGGUGGUGUGGGUAACAGCGGGAUGGGAGCCUACCAUGGCAGGUGCAGCUUCGAGACCUUCUCCCACCGCCGCACCUGCUUGAUCAGGGACCUGAAGCUGGAGGUUCUGAACAAAAUGCGGUACCCACCUGUCAGCCAGGAGAGGAUGGAUGUGGCCAAGUUCGUCCUCCUGAAGCAUUGUAGCAACUGCCAAGUGGGACAGUUCCUCUCGGCCCUGCUGGGGGCUGUGAAAGCAGUGAUGGCAAAGAUAUUCUCCCCCUGACGAGAGGGGUGAUGGGCAGUCAGCAGCUUUCCAGCCCCGGAACCCACCACUCGCUCCCUGCAGUCCUAGUACUGAAUUUUUCUCUGCUGCAGUUUCAUUUCUUCCAAGGCAGCCAACACACUGAAGAGGUAGAAGACAACAAAAAAUACCUAGAACAGAGACAGUCCAAGCUGAAGGCUCCAGCUCCUGCUGAAGCGUGAAUUUAUCAAGACCUAGGCCAUGGGUCAUGCCUGAGCAGUGAGUGCCAGAUGGAAGGAAACAGCACCCACCCUGCUUUGUAAAAAGGAUCUUAUCUAAAAACUCUUGGGAAUGGGGGAGUGUUUGUCACAAGGGUACCUAAACAAAGCCAGUUGUUACUGAGCCUGUUAUCUACUUAAUGCCUGCCUGAUUCCCAUAGGAAGCUGGCUCAUUACAGCAAUAAGCCUAGCAAAUUGUGAGUCUCACUGCAGGGGACAGUCCGGGCUGCUUGUCCCCAGAUCAGAGGGAAGGAGCCUGGAAGAACUGCAGCAUCCCAUCCUUUAUGGGACUCAUGACCAAGUGGGUUGCAGGGAAAUCACCCAUAGCCAUGUAAGGUGUGCAAAGGCCGCCUGAGUGGCAGCAAAGGCUCUCUGAGCUGCAGCCACACUGUCCCAAGGACUCAGGGAGUGCCAGGGACCACAACUGCACUGCUGCUGCACUGCUUUUGGGGCUGCUGGGGCAAAGACAGGGGCUUUGCUGCAACCAGGGUGCCAGGUCAGGGAUGUCCUUGGCCAGAGUGGCAGAGCAGCCAGCCACCUCAUCUGUAACUCAGUUUCAGGGUUUUAUUGGGUUUUGGGUAGUCUUUUAUCUCCAAACUUGUAACUGAGAGCUGACCUGGACCCUGGCUGAAUAAAACCUUUGUUCUACUGUGAAGGCCAACUGGGACAGGGCAAGACCCAUGUGUGCAGCCCCCAGCAUUGGAUGUUCUCUGCUCCGACCCCAACCCCCCUC